UGCGUGACGAACUGAGGGGUGGGGUGGGGCGGGGGUCCCAUUCUCAGCAGCUCUGCGUGUCCGGCUGCACACCUCUGCGGGUGGUGUGGAGCAGGGCAGGCCGGGCUAGACUGCGGGGACGCCUCCGAGUUCCUUACCCGGGACAUCCUGAGCGGCGGCAGCCACAACAACGGGCUCGCCCCCAGACAAAGGGCCGGCGCGGCGGCGAACACUGCACAGCCGGGCAGCAGCCGCGGGGCGCGCUGCGGGCGCCAGGUCGGGCCGCAGACCGGCCAGGGCAGACGCGGCGCGGGUCGAGCCGGGUCGCGGAGCCCGCCCGGGCUGGCUCGGUGCCGCGCCUCGGAACUUCCACUCAGUCUUUGACCCCGGGUCCCCGCCGCCCCCGCCCCCGCAGGCCGCGGCACUGUAACCGCUGCCUGCGCCGCCGCGCGCUCCUUUUCGGUGUGCAGGCGUGGAGCGCAGCACCGGGGCCGACGGCAUGGAUGUGUCCUGGAGAAGCUGGCUGGCCAACGAAGGGGUUAAACACCUCUGCCUGCUCAUCUGGCUUUCCCUGAAUGGUCUGCUUUUCUGGAAAACCUUCCUGCUGUAUAACCAAGGGCCAGAGUACCAUUACCUCCACCAGAUGUUAGGCCUAGGAUUGUGUCUAAGCAGAGCCUCCGCAUCUGUUCUUAACCUCAAUUGCAGCCUCAUCCUUUUACCCAUGUGCCGAACACUCCUGGCUUACCUUCGGGGAUCCCAGAAGGUCCCAAGCAGGAGAACAAGAAGAGUGUUGGAUAAGAGCAGAACAUUCCAUAUAACUUGUGGUGUCACUAUCUGUAUUUUCUCAGGUGUGCAUGUGGCUGCCCAUCUGGUGAAUGCCCUCAACUUCUCAGUGAACUACAAUGAGGAUUUUAUUGAACUGAAUGCAGCAAGAUACCGAGAUGAGGAUCCUAGAAAGCUUCUCUUCACAACUGUUCCUGGCCUGACAGGAGUCUGCAUGGUAAUGGUGCUAUUCCUCAUGGUUACAGCUUCUACUUAUGCAAUAAGAGUUUCUAACUAUGACAUCUUCUGGUAUACUCAUAACCUCUUCUUUGUCUUCUACAUGCUGCUGAUGUUGCAUGUGUCAGGGGGGCUGCUGAAGUAUCAAACUAAUUUAGAUACCCACCCUCCUGGCUGCAUCAGUCUUAACCAAACUCACCAUCAAGACAUUUCCUUGCCAUUGCAUCACUCAGAACAUUUGCCUGGAUCUUUCUUGGGAGAAUUUUCAAAACCAGAAGAACUUGCUCAGAACACAUUCAUGAAGAUUUGUGUGGAAGAGCCCAGAUUCCGAGCUACUUUUCCACAGACUUGGCUUUGGAUUUCUGGACCUUUGUGCCUAUACUGUGCCGAAAGACUUUAUAGGUGUAUUCGGAGCAAUAAACCAGUCACCAUCCUCUCAGUUAUAAGUCAUCCCUCAGAUGUCAUGGAAAUCCGAAUGGUCAAAGAAAAUUUUAAAGCAAGACCUGGCCAGUAUGUUAUUCUGCAUUGUCCCAGUGUGUCUGCAUUAGAAAACCAUCCCUUUACCCUCACAAUGUGUCCUACAGAAAAAAAAGCAACAUUUGGAGUCCAUCUUAAAAUAGUAGGAGACUGGACAGAACGAUUCCGAGAUUUACUGCUGCCUCCAUCUAGUCAAGACUCUGAGAUUCUGCCGUUCAUUCAAACUAGAAAUUACCCAAAGCUAUACAUAGAUGGUCCAUUUGGAAGUCCAUUUGAGGAGUCACUGAACUAUGAGGUCAGCCUGUGCGUGGCUGGAGGCAUUGGAGUGACUCCUUUUGCAUCGAUACUCAACACCCUGCUGGAUGACUGGAAGCCGUACAAACUUAGAAGACUGUAUUUUAUUUGGGUGUGCAGAGACAUCCAAUCCUUCUGUUGGUUUGCAGACUUACUCUGCAUGUUAUAUAACAAGUUUUGGCAAGAGAACAGACCUGACUAUGUCAACAUCCAGCUGUACCUCAGUCAAACAGAUGGGAUUCAGAAGAUAAUUGGAGAAAAAUACCAUGCAUUGAAUUCAAGACUUUUUAUUGGGCGUCCUCAGUGGAAACUUCUAUUUGAUGAAAUAGCAAAAUAUAACAGAGGGAAAACAGUUGGUGUCUUCUGCUGCGGACCCAAUUCACUUUCCAAGAUUCUUCAUAAACUGAGUAACCAAAGCAACUCAUAUGGGACAAGAUUUGAAUACAAUAAAGAAUCUUUCAGCUGAAAAUCUGAGAAGAACCAGGACUCUAAAGAAGGAAUGUGUGCAAUAUCUAAAACUUUGAAACUCAGCUGAAUCAAACAGCUUUGCUGUGCCAAAGAGUAGCAAGGUUUUAUUAUUUAUGAUUAUUUAAAAUGGAAAUACAGAGAAUGUGGCAAGAUGACAAGCCACAUUGCAUGUUUGAUCUGGAAACCAGAGAGGCCCUGAGGAAUAUUUGAUGUGAUGAUUCACUUUUCAUUGCUCAAAUUAAAAGAAAACUAUUAGAUGCUCACUGUUGAUUCUUAUAGCAGUGUCAAGAACUCCCUAGUGAGGAGCUGAACUCCGUCACUCUGAGGCUGACAGUCAUGGUCCUCUUUAAAUUGUUUAUGGUUGAACAAAUGAAAGAAGAAAAUUAAAAAUUCAUUGAAACUCAGAUUAUGUUUUCUACAUUGUGUAUAAACACAAUAGCUUUAAUUUGGAAAAUUUCCAGGCAUAUAUAUUAGAUGUCUUAAAAUACAGCACGAGACUCUGUAUUGAUACGGGUACUUUGUGUUUAAUCUUCCUCACUACUGAUAAUACCUCUGCUUGUUGUCUGUAGGCUAUAUGUAGUAUCUACUUUUAUAUUUUUCUCUCUUCCUUUUAUUCUAACAAGGAAAGUCUCUCCUUUCCUAGCCUACAUUAGACUCAAUAAUGUAAUAGUUCAUUUUCAUCUUCAACUUAUUUAAUAUAUGAUUAUUGCAUAAUAUGAAAAUAUAAUUACUAUAAUUGUAAAGGGACAUGUAUCCUAGUAACAUUUUUUCUUUAGCAUUGUGGUCUCUAUUUUUUUUUCCACUUUUAUUCCUAGGCACACUUUAUCUUUUAUUAUUUUAUUUUAUUUUGCCUUUUAAAGUGCAUUCUUUAAUUUGUGCUUUGUGACUGAAGGACAUCAUACCUGCCAGCAGGCACUGAGAAACAGUAUCUCUAUCCCUUAUCACACAAUGCUUUGUGAUGGAGAUUUUAAAAGUGUAGUCACAUUCCUGAAUAUGAACCCUGUAUUUUACUUUCUCCAUAAAAGGAAAUCCAUCAUCAGUCAUUCAAAUUUAUUUUUCAGAAUCAGUGUUAUUGUCUCACUGUUUGAUAUCCAACAUUCUAAGAGAAUUGUUGGGUUUAAAGUUGCUGUAGGGACUACACUGUGUGACCCUAUCAGUUUGUUUCCUGACUUUUAUAUUUGCUACCUUAAUAAUUAAGGAGUUCAUAUAGCUUAAAGAUUUUGUUUAGUGGAUAUUUAUCAAAUGCUAUGAAAUAUAACACACUCUGAUUUAAGCAGUUUGAUUUGCCUCUGUUAAAAUUUUUGCAUACAACAUAACAUGAUGGAUGCUACUGUCAGUUUUUUUUUUUGUUAGGAUUCACCAAUAGCAGUCAAGCAUGCUAAACCACCCAACGCUGAAUGACUGUGAGUAUAUUUACAUGUACACAUAUCUUCCUUCCCUUCUAAUUUCUUCCUUUCCCUUCUGUAGAAAGGAGGUGAAUCAGAAAAAAUGAUGGGAAAUGUGCAAUGCAACUGCAGAUUGAGCUCUGAGGGCAUAGUUAAUAACCAGUGCAUCUUGGCUACACUUCUUAGAGUAAAAAUAAUUUUAUGAAAAACCUGUAACAGAAAGAACUAAUAAAAAAAGUUUGAAUUUGUUCAGGCUUAAUGUGCAAUACUGACUCUUUAAUGAUAACUUAUAUAUGUGAUUAUAUUAAUGCACCUAAUUUCAAUAAAACAGAUCCUUCCAUCAGUUUUUCAUCUUUGUGAGUCAUCUGAUUUAUGCAAGGGAAAGCUGUAAUUUUAAAUGUAAAUUAUAAUUUAAAAACCCUCAGAUUCAUAUACACUAUCAUACAAGUGGGCCUAGUAAGUUUUUUUUUUAAUUCAAUUUACAAGUAAAAUGCUUAGUACUUCACUCAGUGACUUGAAAAUGACACUUGGGUGACUGUGAUAUACGUCAAGCAUUUAAAACAAAGAAAUAAAAACAAUUUAGACAAGGCAUAGGCUAAAUUGAUUUAAUCUAUACAGUCCUGUUAUAACGCCACAAAUCAGCAUAUAGUCGGAGCAUUUUUAGCAUGUGAUGGAUUUAAAUUAUAAUUAUCAAUAAAGGUGAAUGCUAGAGGCAAGAGCUAUUGUCAUCAAUAGAUAAUGUUGUGCUUAGAAGUUAUGUUAAAGAGAAAAAAGUCAAGAAGUUUUUUUUAAGGAUGAUUACCCAGAAGAAAAAUGAUUUUUUUUUAAAUAAACCAAUGAGACAAAUCCUUUAAGUUUCAACUCAUGAGAAACAAGUCCUUUUUCUUGUGCUAACUAGGACAAUUUCAUAACCAGUUAGUUUUUAAAAGAAUAAGGGCAGGACUACUCUUGUUUUGUGGUUGGGGAGACUAAGGCCCAGAGAGUGGUAAUGGUUUAGCAUUGUUCACUGAGUCUGCCAGAGCCAAGACUGAAUCUCAGCUUUUCCAGACUGUGCUACUGAAAGCUCUUUCUUUCUAAUCAUUAAAUAUACAUACAGUAAACCACUUAGUUCUUUUAGUCUGAAUCCCCCCAUAAAAGCUAUCUGGUAUGGGGACGGGAGUACUAAGUGUUAAUUCCGGAUUCAGAUCCAGAAAUACAUAUUCUUCUUCCAGUAAAUCUCAUGAUUCUAAAUUGGUUACUCUUAUUUUCCUUCUAUUAGGACCUAAUGUCAGAUAUUAAUUUUUAAGUCUGAAAAUUGUACUGAAGGGAUUAUGUUCUCCAGAACUUUUCCUUGGACAAAUAGUUGACAAUAUGAUUUCUAGGAGAUGCUAAUACUGUAAUUUUAAAUUUAGGUUCUUAGACCAGAGCCAUAAUUUCACCAAUUUUCUAACUGCCCACUGAGAUAUUGAUAUUAAAACAAAUGACUUUUAUUCUCUCCUCACAUGACCAUAACAUGCUUCUUGUCCAGGAGAAGAGACAGCCUUUUAUAAACUAGGGAGACAGGAAAUAAAGUGCGGCAUAAUGAGAUUAGCAUUUACUUCAACCACCACGGUACAAAGAGAACUCACUGUUUUCGUCUGAAUAUCCUCCUCUAUUACCUAAAUCUCUUUAUUACAUUCUGUACUAUUCUCUAAGGAUAGAGUUGCAAACUACCUACACUCAGGCUUCCAAACAGAAGAAGCAUAAGACUUCCAACACUUAGCAAAGAAGGGACCUAUGAACAUAAGAGAAGAAAGGCAAGGUGGAUCUUUCAAAAUUAUCAGAGAUGUACAUGAAUGUUGCUGUAGAUGAUAAACCUGUCCUCUAAAUGCAGAGUCAUAAGCUGCACAUUUAGGAACUGGUAGGGCAAGAAAUGUCUCAUGAAAGCAAAACUGGAGGGAGAAAAAUGAUCAGAGAGGGCAUUUACCACAUCAGAACACAAUGGUGCUUUAGUUUUUGUAACUCAAUAAAUGCUGAAAUCUGUAGUAAAACUGGCUAUUGCUAUGGUUUGUAAAAGAAUGUGUUGUUUAUUUUGUUAAGGGAGCUCACAUUAGCAUUGACACUAGAAUUUUAUCAGCAGCUUUGCCUUUGAUUAGAAUUCUUUUUUUUUUUAAGAAAUAGAACUUUGAUGAACUUCUGUUUGACCUAGAGAAGACCCUGACCUUUAGAUGAGAGCCAGCAUUGCAUAAAUAUUCUAAUAUAUGUACAGUAAACAAGGGGAGAGUGCCAUGCUUUGUUUCAGUUGCAUAUACCAUGCAUUAAAAUUCUGUCAUUAUAAGGUCAUAUUUCACAGCUCUUAUCCUUCGACCCAGGGGACAAAAGCCUUCUUCAUAAAUGCAGACAUUUAGAAACAUUCUCUCUGCUGUAUCACAGGAGUCUAUUUGUUCACCUGUAUCAACACAUUCAUGUGAACCCAGUUUAUCAAUUUAAUACAACUAUACAAUCCAUUUUAGUGAUGAGGAAUCUCUACCAUAUAAAACAUGUGGGUCUUUGUUCACUUGCUUAAAAACAUACUGCAUCCCACACAUUGAUUAAGGAGAAGGUAGUUAAAUCUUCUACAUUUUUGUGUCUGGCUAAAUAUCAAUGAAUGUAAAAUACCUCACUGCCUAUAGUUGGAAUAUGUUCUGUGUUUAGAUGUGAUGCACAGUACAUACCCCAGGUUCCCAAAGACUAUCACUAUACAAAAUACAAGCUCUUAGCCGGCGCCUCGACUCACUAGGCUAAUCCUCCGCCUGCGGCGCCAGCACACCGCGUUCUAAGAGUUCCAGUGGGGGCACUGGAUUCUCUCCCGGUUGCCCCUCUUCCAGGCCAGCUCUCUGCUGUGUUCCGGGAAGGCAAUGGAGGAUGGCCCAAGCGCUUGGGCCCUGCACCCGCAUGGGAGACCAGGAGAAGCACCUGGCUCCUGCCUUUGGAUCAGCACGGUGCGCUGGCUGUGGCGCACCGGCUGCAGUGCGCCGGCCGCAGCGGCCAUUGGAGGGUGAACCAAUGGCAAAAGGAAGACCUUUCUCUCUGUCUCUCUCUCUCUCACUGUCCACUCUGCCUGACAAAAAGAAAAAGAAAGAAAGAAAGAAGAAAGAAAGAAAGAAAGAAAGAAAGAAAGAAAGAAAGAAAGAGAAAGAAAGACAGACUCUUAUGUCAACUUGUCAUCUUUUUUUUUUUUUUAAUUGGAAAUACAAAGACAGAGAAAGAUCUUCCAUUCACUAGUUCAUUCCCCAAACACCUUCAAUGGCUGGGUCUAGGCCAAGACAAAGCCAUAAGCCCCAAACUCAAUCCAAGUAUCCCAUGUAAUGGUUGGGUCCAAACUACUUCUGUCAUCACCUAAUGCCUCCCAAAGUGUGCAUUAUCAGGAAACUGAAAUCAGCAGCAGAGCUGGGAUUCAAACCUUGGUAUCCCAACAUGGGAUGUGGACAUUGUGCAAAAUGUUCACCCCAGUAAAGCAUCCUUAACCACAGAACUGGGUGCCCAUCACAGCAAUUACACCUUUGUUUAAAGGUGAUAAUUAUCAGUUUACCAAAUGAUAUCAGUAGGAAAUUGUCUUUUCUUCUCUUUUAAUUAAAAGCUGUUUAAAAAUCAGAAGUCGGGGGGGGGCACCGUGGCUAACUUGGUUAAUCCUCCACCUGCAGCGCCGGCAUCCUGUAUGGGCGCCAGUUCUAGUCCCAGUUGCUGCUCCCCUUCCAGUCCAGCUCUCUGCUGUGGCCUGGGAAGGCAGUGGAGGAUGGCCCAAGUGCUUGGGCCCUGCACUCGCAUAGGAGACCAGGAGGAAGCACCUGGCUCCUGGCUUAGAAUCAGCACAGUGCUGGCCGUAGCGGCCAUUUGGGGAGUGAACCAACAGUAGGAAGACCUUUCUCUCUGUCUGUCUCUCUCUCUCACUGUCUGUAACUCUACCUGUCAAAUAAAAAAAAAAAAAAUCAGAAGUGAGGAAA